GACCUGCCACAGUUCUGCGCAUGUGCGGGAGUCCCGAGCUCUUUGCCGUGCAGUGCGCAGGCGCGUCCAGCACUCACGCAUGCUGUUGUCAGCGCCGGAGCUGCCUCUUCCCCUGCGAUCCCGUGGGCUACGGACACUUUAAAUCUUUUAAGUGUGGCCAUUGGCACAGACCCCGACGUUAAAGAUGGCAGACCUGUUACCUCCUCCUGUCCAUCUCCCUGGAGCUCCUUUCUAAAGUGCUUUUCACUCACUACCCUUGGGUGGCAGGUGUUUACAAACUGCUGCUGUAACUGUACAAGGAUUUUGUACGGGUCACUGAUUUGCCACUCUGCAGAUUAUACGAUUCUGUACCCGCUGCCAUGGAUGAACUGCAGGAUGUGCAGCUGACAGAGAUCAAACCCCUCCUGAACGAUAAGAAUGCUGCUCGGAACUUCCAGGACUUUGACUGCCAGGAGCAUGACAUUGAGACAGCUUUUGGAGUUGUCCAUGUCACCAUGCGGGGCACCCCGAAGGGGAACAGACCUGUCAUCCUCACUUACCACGACAUUGGCCUCAACCACAAAUCCUGUUUCAAUGCAUUCUUUAACUUUGAAGACAUGCAGGAGAUUACCCAGCACUUUGCUGUGUGCCACGUGGAUGCGCCAGGCCAGCAGGAGGGAGCUCCCCCUUUCCCAACUGGGUAUCACUACCCUAGUAUGGAUGAACUGGCUGAAAUGCUGUCUGCUGUUCUAACCCACCUGAGCCUGAAAAGCAUCAUUGGGAUUGGCGUUGGAGCCGGUGCUUACAUCCUCAGCAGGUUUGCACUCAAUCACCCUGACCUAGUGGAAGGGCUCGUGCUCAUCAAUGUUGAUCCAUGUGCAAAAGGCUGGAUGGACUGGGCAGCAGCCAAGUUUUCAGGCUGGACGACCAACAUAGUGGACAUUGUCUUGGCUCACCAUUUUGGUCAUGAAGAACUGCAGGCUAAUCUGGACCUGAUCCAGACGUACAGACUCCAUAUUGCACAGGACAUUAACCAAGAGAACCUUCAGAUGUUUCUUGCCUCGUAUAACAGCCGCAGAGACCUGGAAAUUGAGAGGCCAGUUCUGAGCAUCAGUGAAAACACAACAAAAACAUUCAAGUGCCCUGCCUUAUUAGUGGUUGGUGACAGCUCGCCUGCCGUUGAAGCUGUGGUUGAAUGUAACUCGCGGCUGGACCCCACCAACACUACGCUCCUAAAGAUGGCAGACUGCGGAGGGCUGCCCCAAGUGGUUCAGCCUGGAAAGCUGACAGAAGCCUUCAAGUACUUUGUGCAGGGAAUGGGCUACAUCCCUUACGUGCAGCUCAGCCACCUGAGCACUGAGUCAGUGCCAACAGCGAGUAUGACUAGACUGAUCCGCUCCCGUACCCACUCCUCCUCCAGUGUGGGCUCUGGAGAGAGUGCCCGCAGCCGCUUGCACAUCAGCAACCAAGGGGAGGGGACUACUGGGCCCCCAGAAGCAGCUGAAGUCCAAGACACACCUCAAACCAUGGAAGUAUCCUGCUAAGAGGAGCCUUUCUGGAUCCAGACAACUUCAUCCUCUCCCACUGACCCCUAGCGUUUCAUCCAGCAAAACCACAGUUUUCUCUAACCUGUGCAUGCCCAUCCAAGCCGCUGCCUCCUUGAUAGUCUGUGCUUGGCGCUACUUUGGUCCUUUUUGUAUGUUUCUGGGAACAGAACCACUUUAAAAGUCAUUAACAUUCCACAGGCCAAGUGAAUCCAGUUGCUGUACAUGCUAGUGUCCCCUCCUUCCUGUGCUUUCUGUGCUGUGUAUCGAUCCGAUGACAGCCGUUGUUUCCCUCUUUAAUUUAAAUCUGAUGUCUGUGGCUUUGUGAGGGUAGAAUUGCUUCCUAGUUGUGCUUCUGCUAAAAGACAUUAGGAGUUUUGUGAUGCAGUUCUUAGGGCAUUUUGGAGGUGAGGAGAAGCGAGCCCACAAUGGUGCAAAACUCCAGGCAUGGGAGACGAGUCUUAUUCCACACGGUGCGCUGAGCACGGCAAAGCAUCCUGGCACUCCUCAGGCUGGUGGGGUUCAAAGCACUCCUGGGGGGUGGG